UACACACGCAUGCACACCUGCACCACACAAGAGUAGCAGCAGACAGGUGGGCAGGUGGCCUGAGAUGAAAAAUCCUGAGCUCUAUUUUUAUUUUUACGGCUGUAGUGAAAGACUGUUUAUUUAUUUGUGGAAUUACAAUAGACAGUGAUGAUAUUUUCAAGCCGACCUGCGCAGAAAACAACACAAUGGAGGCUCACUGAAGAUUCAAAGACAUUCAGAUUCGUGCUAUGUGUAUCUUUUGAUUUCCCGUCUCAUUUACAGCAAAACAAGGAGGAAUUCCGCCUUUGUCAGCUCUUCUCGUUCCUGUUGGGGCUUUCACUGUUUUGUGAAAGGAGCUACAAUAAGGAAGGAAGAGUGAGAGACAACGAAGACAGACUCAGAGAGCGAUAGAAAGGAGGGGAGAGUGUCAAGACGUGCUCAGUUGCGUUCAGUAGCAGCGGAGAAGAGGACGUUUUUAUCUGCUUUUCUGCUCGGUCGUGCACAAGCUGAGUCAGAGGGGAAUAAUAAGAGCAGGUGCCAGGCCCCUUCACCGGCCUUGACUCCCGUUGUCUUCUCACCCAGACGCUUUGAGGGCGACAUCAUGGUUCGGUGGUUCCACAGAGACAUCACAGGCCUACAGGCUGAGGACUUGCUCAAGACUCAGGGUAUUGCUGGCAGCUUUCUGGCUCGACCCAGCAAAAAGAAUGUUGGGGAUUUCUCUCUUUCUGUCAGGGUGGGCGAACAGGUGACCCACAUCCGCAUCCAGAAUACGGGGGACUACUAUGACCUCUACGGCGGGGAGAAGUUCGCCACGCUGUCUGAGCUGGUGGAGUACUACACGGCCGACAACGGCAUCCUGCAAGACAAUGACGGCACAGUCAUCGAGCUCAAAUACCCACUCAACUGCUCCGACCCUACCACCGAGAGGUGGUAUCACGGCCACCUGUCUGGUCCAAACGCAGAGAAGAUGCUGAAUGCUCGGGAUGAGUCGGGCACCUUCCUGGUCAGAGAGUCGCUAUCCAAACCGGGAGAUUUUGUCCUGUCGGUUCUGACGGACGAGCGGGGCAAAACGGGGGCGAGGAGGGUGUCCCACAUCAAGAUCAUGUGUCAGAAUGAGCAGUACACUGUGGGAGGCUCUGAGAUGUUUGACACACUCAGCGACUUGGUGGACUUCUACAAAUUUAAAGGCAUCGAGGAGAUUUCUGGGAACUGGGUGCACCUCAAACAACCGUAUUACUCCACCAGAGUGAACGCGGCCGACAUCGACCGCCGAGUGAAACAACUGGACCAGACCACAACCAUGCAGCAGGAGGCCGAUUGCGGGAAAAGCAAGGCGGGCUUCUGGGAGGAGUUUGAUGCUCUUCAAAAGUUGGAGGCAAAGGUGAAAAAGAGUCGAGAGGAAGGCCAGAGACCAGAGAACAAGACCAAAAACAGAUACAAGAAUAUUCUUCCUUUCAAUGACACCAGAGUCACCCUGCAGGACGCUGACCUCAAUGUUGUGGGGUCGGAUUACAUCAACGCCAACUACAUGCGAAACACCUUGUGGGAGUCGGAGAAUCAGAAAGUUUACAUCGCCACUCAGGGUUGCCUGGCAACGACCGUCAACGACUUCUGGCAGAUGGUGUGGCAGGAGAACACCAGGGUCAUUGUCAUGACAACGAGGGAGGUGGAGAAAGGGCGGAAUAAAUGUGUUCCGUACUGGCCCGAGAGCGAGAGCUCUAAGGAGGUGGGCCGCUACGUGGUGACCUCCAAGUCGGAGUGGGAAGCAGCCGGUUACAGAGUCCGAGUCUUGGAGUUGACGCUCAAGCCCAAACAUUCCCGCACCGUGUGGCACUACCAGUACCUGAGCUGGCCUGACCACGGCGUCCCCCAAGAGCCCGGCGGUGUCCUCAGCUUCCUUACACAAGUGAACGCCAAACAGGCUGAAUAUCCCGCUGCCGGUCCGAUGAUCAUCCACUGCAGCGCUGGGAUUGGUCGGACGGGCACCAUUGUGGUCAUUGACAUGAUCAUUGAGACCAUCGACACGAUAGGUCUAAACUGUGACAUCGACAUCUCCAAGUACAUCCAGAUGGUGCGCGAGCAGCGCUCUGGCAUGGUGCAGACCGAGGCCCAGUACAAGUUCAUCUACCUGUCCGUAUCCGAGUACAUACAGACCACCAAGGUCAAAGACAGCGCCUCCUUGGAGGCUGAGACAGAGUAUGAAAAUUUACAGCUCAAACACCCCCCGGCGAGCAGAAACAUCACAAAAUACCAGGAUUUGGAUGUGUACGAGAAUGUGAGCAAAGCAAAGAAUGACAAGAAGAAGCCAAAGUCAGACAAGAAAAGUGGCUCAUUAAAGAAAAAAUAAGUUUUUUUUAAAGUAUUUUUUUAAGUCAUCUUGUGUUAUUUAUGUCGGCCCAUUUUGCCUUUCACAACACGAACAAGCGGAAAUGCUUCAGCAUAAUUGGAAGACCACAACACAGUGACGCGCUCAAAAUGAGGAAAAUACAACUAUAACUUUACAGUCACAUUUCAAUGUGUACUGAACUAGUAUUGUACCUGUGCUGUUUUGUUUUACACUUUAAACUGCUACUGAAUUCCUCACAUGUACAAUAAAAAUGAACACAAGGAA